AUGAUCGGAAGUUCUGAAGAAGGUGACGGAUACCUGGGAGACAUAAUUUUCGUUUGUGUAAUAGGAACUGAUAAAGAAGGCAAGAGCAAAGAAUACGAUCUUGUUUUAAAAUGCAGUAAAUCUAGUGCUGUUUUAAUGAAAAGUGCACCUGCUUUUAGAACAGCAUUUGUAAGAGAAGCUUUCAUUUAUGAAAAUGUUUUCCCACUUUUCAAACAAUUUCAAUUUAACAAAGGUAUCGAAAAACCUUUUGAUAGUGUGCCAAAAUGUUACGGUGCUUACAGUGAUCAAUUUAGACAUGUUGUUCUGUUGGAAAAUUUGAAGAAAUUAGGGUACGAUCUGUCGCCAAAAGCAAAACCAUUAACAAGAGAAGUUAUCGAUACUGUAAUAAGAGAAUAUGCAAAAUUUCAUGCGAUUUCCGUGGCUUUGGAAGAUCAGUUUCCUGAAAGAUUUCAAAAACUGCUUCAAGACUCAACUGAAAAUACACUAAAGGAGUUUAUGGACAAAUCUGGAUUUUUAAAUGUAUUUAAAAAUUCUGUGCAAGAGGUAUAUGAUUUGCUAACGGAUGAUGUUAAAAAUGAGACCUUAAGGCUCAAAGAUCAAAAGUACGGCAGAUAUGGCGCAGUGUUCUACGUUUUACCAAUCAAAUCUUUAUAUUCGGAAAAAGAACACCUUACAGAUGUGGCUGAAGCCGUAAACAGAGGAGCAGAUAUUAUUGAAUCGUUUAAAUUUGAAGUGAAAGAUGAAAGUGCCUUCAAAAACAGGUUGAGACCAAUUGUUGAAUAUGUUGUUAAGAAUAAUCUAAUUUAA